AUGGGCCAGGGGCUAAAUGAAACGGUGAUUGGGAAGGCCAGACAGCUGCCGUCAGUGGACUGGCAGCACCAUUUCGCUGCCGCCAUGGAGUUGAUUAAGCUACGUGGUGGUCUGGCAAGUCUUGCGCAUUCCUCCGAGUACCUGAAGCCCUUGAUACUUCAUCUUCUCAUCCUGGGGAUCAUGGCCAACACGACUACUCCUCCAUCACAACAUAUUCCACCCACAUCGCAACUCGAACUGAUUGACAUCAUGACAGAGCUAUACGGAGAUGGUAUAUACCCGAUCCUCCUAUGCCCUCCAUACCUCCUAAUGGAUGUAAUCAAGAUCAACAACCUCCGCUUCCAAACGACAUCGGCCCCCAUAACCGAAAUCACACGAGCGACAGCACACGAGAUACUUGAGCACAUCGAGGCCUUCUCGCCCGAAGACUGGACCGGCACCAACCCCGACGCCCGAGAGGACUGGUUGCUCCUAGGACGCAUGUACAAGUCCUCCGUAGCACUGUACUGUAUCUCGUCUCUUCAAAGCCUCUUCAUCGUUCCCUCCAGCAAGUAUUAUACUGCUAUGAGGACUGUACAUGGGACUCGUCUAUAUACUCUUCUUCCAAAGGUUACCCGCCGCUCCCGCAUCAAGCAUCUCGCGAUAUGGCCACUGGUCGUAGCGGGGAUGCAAGCGGUUGAUGCGAGCCCUAAUGUCCGUCAUAUCGUUGACGAGCAAUUGUCAGAUCUGAGCAAAAUCAUGGGGUGCCCAACGCCUAUGUUGGCGAGUGCUGUGUUCCAUAGGUUUUGGACUUCGGGGCAAACAGGGUGGGAUGAGUGCUUUGAUAAAGCAUACGUGUUUGUGACAUAG